AUGGCGCAUACCUCAGGCGUAACACCCCUGUAUCAAGUAUACAAACCACCCUUCACCAUCGAAUCAUCCAACACCGAAAAGAAACCCGACGAAACCCUCCCCCGCCGUCAUCCCAAAGCCCGCGAUGGCCUCAUCGACAGACCAUCCGAAGAUGUCCACACAAUCUUUGACAUCAUUCGUCGCAGCGCACGAUUAUACCCCGAUUCCAAGGCCGUAGGAUGGCGCAAGCUCAUCAAGAUGCACAAAGAGACAAAAAAGGUCGAGAAGAAAAUUGACGGAGAGGUACAGCUCGUGGAGAAGGAUUGGGCCUUUUUCGAAUUGUCGCCUUUUGAGUUUUAUACUUAUAAGGAGUAUGAGAAGCAUUGUUUGGAGCUUGGGUCGGGGUUGAGAAAGCUUGGGCUUGAACCAGGGAAUAAGUUGUUUCUUUUUGGAUCCUCAAGUGCGCAGUGGAUAGCUACAUCUCACGCCUGUGCCACACAGUCCCUCUCAAUUGUCACAGCCUACGAUUCUCUCGGACAAAGCGGCUUGGAGCACAGUCUACUUCAAAGUCAAGCAGAGGUCUUGUACAUCGACCCAUAUCUUCUCAAAACUGCGACGGAGCCAUUGAAGAAGUCCAAGGUUCAUACCAUUAUUGUUAACAAGGCAUCCAUUUUCGACGGCCUUGACAUUCUGGAAAAGUUUAAAGCUGAAAAUCCAAAGUUCAAGGUCAUCAGUUUCGACGAGGCCUGCGGUUUGGGAAAGAGCCAUAUGGUGGAGCCAGUUUGGCCUAAGCCUGAGGAUUUGUACUGUGUCAUGUACACCUCAGGAUCUGGCGGUGUUCCGAAAGGUGUGAGGAUCGCCCACAAGAACUUGGUUGCAGGAGUUGCCGGGUUAUACAUCUGCGUCGCGGACUGCGUUACCCACAACGACGUCCUCCUCGGCUACCUUCCCCUCGCUCACGUCCUAGAAAUGGCCCUCGAGAAUCUGGGCUUUUACUUCGGCGGCACCAUCGGCUAUGGAAACCCCAGGACUCUCUCAGACACCUCCGUCCGAAACUGUGAGGGCGACAUGAGAGCUUUAAAGCCCACGGUCAUGCCCGGUGUACCGCAAGUCUAUGAAACAAUCAGAAAGGGUAUCAUGACACGACUGAACGAUAAUGCCAUACUCAGGACUCUCUUUUGGCGCGCUUUUGCGUAUAAGAGUUUCAUGGUGAAGCAUAACCUCCCUGGUGCAUGCAUCCUUGACGGAAUUGUCUUUGGUAAAAUUCGUGAGAUGACUGGUGGUAAAAUUCGAUUCCUUUUCAAUGGAGGAAGCCCUAUAUCACUUUCGACGAAACAUUUUAUGUCCAUGGUUGUGGCUCCUAUGUUCACAGGCUACGGUCUCACAGAGACUUGCGCAACUGGUGCUCUAGGAUCACCUCUUGAGUUUACUCUGCACUCUAUCGGUACAGUUCCAGCCUCUGCGGAACUCAAACUUGUAUCAGUCCCCGAAUUCGGUUACUCAGCCGAUGCAACACCACCGCAGGGUGAGAUCUGGAUUAAAGGCACUUGUGUCAUGAUGGGAUACUAUGAGAAUGAAGAAGAAACCAAGAAAAGCUUCACCGAAGACGGCUGGUUCAAGACUGGCGACGUGGGAGAGUUUGAUAAGGAUGGCCAUUUGCGAAUCAUUGAUCGUGUCAAGAACAUCGUUAAGCUCCUUAGUGGCGAAUAUGUCGCUCUGGAGAAACUUGACUCGAUCUAUCGUGGUGCGCAGGGCGUCAUGAAUGCCAUGGUGUAUGCUGACUCUCUGCAUGCUCGACCCAUUGUCGUCGUCAUGCCUAACGAGACUGUCCUAGCUGGCAUGGCUAAAGAUCUCGGUGUGGAUGAACACAGUAUCUACAGUGACAAGAAGGUACGCCAGGCUUUGUUGAAGGAUCUACAGGCGACGGGCAGGAAGGCAGGUUUAUCCACUAUGGAGAUCGUUGCCGAAGUCGUAAUCACUCCUGAAGAGUGGACUCCCGCGAGUGGUCUCGUCACCGCGACGCAAAAGCUGAAUCGCCGGGCUAUCAACGCCAAAUACAAGAAGGAGAUCAACGAGGCACUGAAGCAGGCUUAA